GCGUGUUAUAAUUUAUUAGAACCUCGCGGUCUUGUGGCUCUGCCUUCAGCCUUCGCCAGUAAUAUCUGGUCGAAGACCAAGGUGGUGUUCGGAUGAAUCUGUGAAACUGUUUAGUUUUCCGUCGCGUUUUUUUUUCAACUUAAAUAGUGAUUGAUAUUUGAAUGGGGCGGAAUGUCAUCUUGAUAUUGGUCGUUGGAAAACUCCCAUAGAUAAACUGGAAAUGGCCACCAUCGUGGAAAACCUGACAGAUGGAGGCUCGAAGAAGGACAGAAUUCGACUGGCCAAAGAUAAAAGAGAGGAGAAAGAUAGGAGCAAAGCUGGGCGGGAGCGAGCUCUCUUGGAGAAGGAACAGCGUGCACAGCAGCAGUAUGAACGCUCUCUGGUGGAGCGAGGGAAGCGUCUGGAGGAGCAGCGGCAAAAGGAGAUGCUCCGUCGUUCUGCUGUGGAUGAGAAAAGGAGGCAGCGCAUGGAGGAGGAAAAGACACACAGUCACCUGGGAGGAGAGAGCUACAAAGAGAGAGUCACUGAGAGUGAGGGAGAGAGAGGCAGAAACAGAAGGCAAGGCCCUCAACAGGGAGAGAGGGAGAGUCAGAGACGGAUAGGAGAGGUGGUCGCCAUGGAGCAGCCAGCCUCAUCCCCGUCCACUCAUCGGCGUAGCGAAAGCUCGGUCAGAGAGUCUCUUUUCUUUCCUGUUUUGGAACGCAACGAGCAGGAGCGACUGGAGGCCCUGAUGCGACGUUCCAUGGGGCGGAACCUGCUGGCGGACCAGAGGCCCAAACGCUGGACCUGGGGCGGACCUCCAGGAGUCUGCGAGGAUGAUCCUAAGAUUGCCCCGCCCUCUCCUGCUGCUUCAGCCUCCUUAGCCAAUGACCCCGCUGCUCAUCCUCCUGCCAGCAAAUCCAGGAACGUUCAAGAUUUUAUGAUUUCGCCCGAGUCCCCAGACUCUGUCCUGAGCAGGCAUCUCUCCUCCUCCUCCGCUACUUUGCCCAAUGUGACAGAGAAAGCCUCCUCCAGCCCUCACAGGUCUCCUUACAGGGCUUCACCCGCUAGAGCCGAACGAAAGACGGUUAGCACAUCAUUCUACGGACAGCUGGAUGACCCCAGAGCGCCCACAACCCCGAAAAGCCCUCAGACUGAGAAACCCGAAAAGAGCAUCGCCCAAACCUUAUCUGACUCAUCUAUGAAAAAGCUUGAGUCUCCAACAACACUCACCCAAAGUUCUUCUACCCACAAGAACCCCAGCACACUGAAAAGAUCAAAGUCCUGUAAGAGCCACAUUCAGUCCCCAGCCACGGGUCAAUACCCCACUUCCCCGAUGAGACACAGAGCCGCAACGCCAUGUUUAGAGAACAAGAGGUGGGAAGGAGAGGAGAAAGGGUCCAUGGAGAGUAAAGGCUACAGCACUCUAGAGAGAAAGACCUCCAGAACAGAGAAAAUCACAAAAUCUACAAGCAAGGAAUUUGGACAUAAUGCAGAGUCUCCAGUAACUCCCACUGGGAAAGCAGGUACCACUGAUGCCGAGGAGGCCUCCAGGCUGCUGACAGAGAGACGGCGCCUGGCCAGAGUACAGAAGGAGCAGGAAGAAAAGCAACGGCUAGAAGAGGAAAGGCUCAGGGCUGAGGAGCUCCAGAGGCAGCAGGAAGAGGAGAGACAGCGGCAGGAACAGGCAGCUCGAGAGGCAGAGGAGAAAAGACAGAGGCAGGAGGAGGAGCGCUGUCAAAGAGAGCUGGACGACAGGCACCAAAAGGAACAACGUUGGAAGGAGCUCCAGGAUGAGGUGGUCAGACAGAGGGAGGAAGCAGUGCAGCGCGUUCAUAGAGAGGCUGAACGGAAGAGACAGGAGCGAGAGCUUCUGAAAAUUCAAGAGGAGCAGGAGAGACUUCAAAGGAAGAAGCGUAUUGAGGAGAUUAUGAAAAGGACAAGAAAACCUGAUGGAGAAAAGAAAGAAGAGGUGCAGAUGGAAGUCCCAUCCCCCAUAUCUGUUUCCCAGUCCAUCUCACCGUCUCCCUUGGAAACUGAAGGUAACACAGCGAUUAUCAGUCCACCAAAGGCAACAUCUGAGUCUCCAAUCAUAUGCCUUGUGCCACUGGAGACAAAGAGCUGUGGGGCAGAUGAUCUCUCGGAUGGGGUCCAGUCCAUGGAUGUCAGCCCAGUGUCCAGAGACGAGCUUGUUCCAGAAUAUUCCCCCGUCAGUGAGAUCUCACACAACAGUAUGACUUCUGUGGCUUUGGGCGAUAUCCACGUUCUGACGGGGCAGGUCUCGCAUCCCAAAGUGUCUGCUGCUCCAGCUUUUGGUGACUGCAACAAGAAUCUGAUCCAGGAUUGCAGUAGCGCUGCUAUUGACUCAUCACUUUUCCAGAGUCUUAGACCCACCUCAGACAAGCUCAACAUCUAAUGCAAAGACACUAUUGAAGCAUGGGGCUGGACUGAACUGAUGGAGUUGGAGUUGAGCUGAAAGAUGAGACCAGCCCUCUGUGCCUCAGCAGCUUCCUGAAUAUCCUCUCAACAGAAGAACAAGGACUGAAUGUCAAACCAUGUGUUAAUAGCAAAGAAGGGACAACCUGACAGCUGAUUCCCCCACACAUAAAAUAAAGUUUUGCCUGAUCCUCGUAGAUAUUAUAUUUCACACCAUUUCAGCUUAGUAUCAACAAACAAAGCAACUGUAUUAGCGCAGUCCUAGUGGUCUUAUUAUUCUUGUUAUACACCUGUAGCACUGAUAAGUGAUGCACUGUAACAAUUGUAGCAGCUCCAUUGUGUAAUUUGUUUUAUUUUGGGUGGCAUAAAUGACCAGCAAACCGAGCAAUUAUGUGCUGAGUCUGCUAAUUGUGCUGUAUUGUAUGGCUGGCGUUUGCAAACUGUAUAUAGUGUAAAUCCAUGACUUCUCCGCAUUGUCUCAGCAAUCCAAGCUUUGUAGUCUGAAAGUGGGUAUGAAUAGAUGUAAAGUGUGAUAUUAUUCCACCAUAACGCUGUUAUACUGGCAUUAAUGUGUUAUUAGUCAACAGCAGUUAGACGAUAUGGGUACCUAUACAGAAAAAAAGUGUACUUCUAAUGUAAUUUAUUGUGUAAAAGUUUAAAAGGGGAAUUAAAAGUGCACAAUUUCAUUGUGUUGAAUAGCAUAGUGCUUUUAAUUCUUCAUGGACUUUUUCUGUAUUGUUUUGUAAUAUGACAUCAUUGCACACAGCUCUAUGCAGAUCAGGAAAACCAAGCAACCAUAAAGAACAACACAAAUCAAGGUAAUUCCGCUGUACAGUAGUGACUCAAAAGAUCUGUACUUCCUGAGUAUGUUGCUUAAAAUACUCUGCUUACCAUCUUGUAUACUCAGGGUGUUAGUGAGCUUUGCAUGUGAGCUCAGUUCUUUUGAUGUUUGGUGGCGAUAUCAUGAUGCUGUUGUGGAACACUUCAGAUGCACUGGAUUGCUUCAGGACCAAUAAGAAACAAAUUUCUUGAAAGA